AUGGACCUCCACUCAUCCUCUCCCCGCAGCAGCAGCAGCGACAUCUACACCCCCGCCGAAGCAGCCGUCGUCUCCCUCCUCAUGGCCGCCUCCCCGUCAAAAUCCUUCGCCCUCGACUCGGAGGAGACGCUCCGCCGCUGGAGCUCCUUCAUCGGCAUUGUCAUCGCCAUCUGCGGUAACAUCCUCAUCUCCCUCGCUCUGAAUAUACAGAAGUACGCCCACAUCCGGCUCGAGCGCGAGGCGGAGAAGCGCCGCCGACUGUGGAGGCGCCGUCGACGCCGCCAACACCUGGCAGACGGGGGUGAUGGUACCAGCGCCGACGGAAGCCCUGACCCCGACAGCAGCAGCGCGUACAGCUCCGAGUCGUCGAGUCUGCCCGGGACGCCGCCGCCGCCGCAGCAGCAGCCGGACGAGGCGACGGGGCUGCUGCUGUCGCAGCGGCAGCAGCAUAGGGAGAAGGAGGGCCCGCCGCCGCCGGACCAGCUGUAUCUGUCGUCGCCGUACUGGUGGGUGGGGUUUGUGCUGAUGACGGUUGGCGAGUGCGGCAACUUCCUUGCGUACGGGUUUGCGCCGGCGAGCAUUGUGUCGCCGCUCGGCGUGGUGGCGCUGGUGUCGAACUGUGUGAUUGCGCCGGUGGUGCUGAAGGAGCCGCUGCGGCGGCGGGACGUGGUGGGCGUGGUGGUGAGCAUUUUGGGCGCGGUGGUGGUGGUGUGGAGUGCCGAGAAGGAGGAGACGAAGGUGGGUAUCGAUGUGACCUACAAUCAUCAUAAUUAUAGUGAUACUAGAAUGAGGAGGAAUUAUAUGCUGUCAGAGAGAACUGAGGCUGAUGGCUUGCUUGACCAGCUCGGCCCGGAUCAAAUACUGGAGGCCAUCUCGCAGACCGCGUUUGAGGUGUACUUUGGCAUCACCUGUGCCAUGAUCGUGGCGCUGAUGUAUCUGUCGUCCAAGUAUGGGCGCAAAACAAUCCUGAUAGACCUCGGCCUUGUCGCCCUCUUUGGCGGCUACACCGUCCUCUCGACAAAAGGCAUCUCCUCCCUCCUCUCCUCCUCCUUCUACCACAUCUUCACCUACCCCAUCGCCUACCUCUUCACCACAAUCCUCCUCCUCACGGCCGUACUACAGAUCAAAUACGUCAACCGCGCCCUGCAGCGCUUCGACUCCACCCAGGUCAUACCCACGCAGUUUGUCCUAUUCACAAUCUCCGUCAUCCUCGGAAGCGCAAUCCUGUACCGCGACUUUGAAACCGUCACGCCGGAGAGAAUGAUAAAGUUCACCACCGGCUGCGCGCUGACGUUCUGGGGCGUGUGGCUCAUAUCGUCGCGGCGCACGGGGAAGCAGUGGGACGACGAGUACCCCGAUGACGAUGACCUCCCUGCGGACAUCGAGGCCGCGUAUGGAGGCACUGCCACGGCGAGUAUCGACCUGGGGAAGAAUAACCGGUCUUUACAGCAGUCGCCGGCGUCACCGGCGAACACCCCGCCGCCGCCGCGGCAGCAGUCGCAGAGGCCGCCGAUUGUGAGGGGAAUAUCGGCGUCGAGUAUUGCGAUACUGGACUCGUUCCCGGGGACGCCGAGCGCGAAUCCGAGUCGGAUGGGGUCGUAUAUUGCGUCGCGGCCGCCGUCGAGGUUGGGUGGGGAGUCGCCGGUGGGGUCGGUGGCGAGGCGGGCGGCGGGCGCGGGGGGGAUGGGGAUGCAUAGGAAGAGUGUGUCGAAUUUGUUGCCGGGGCCGCUGCUGAUUGGGGAUUGGUCGAGGAGGGGGAGUGAGGUUGAGGAUGCGCGGGAUGAGGGGAGGGAGGGGAGGGAGGGGAGGAGGCGGAGUGGGAGUUUGGGGGUUGUGUUGGAUCUGUUGGGGAGGGGUGGGGUGGGGGAGGAGAGUGGAGAGGAGUAG